AUGUAAGUUGACAAUAAUGUAGAAGAAGAAAAAAAGAAAAAAGAGAAUGAAGAAGAAUCAAAAGGAGUUGUGACAAUAAAAAGAAGAUUAAUAGCUUCUUUUGAUCUUUUCUAAUUUAUGCCUGUUCCUAAAACUGAGAUGGUAUCUUCUAGAAGAAGUUUAUAUGGAAGUCUUUUGAUGAUAGGAUGUUUUUUAGCUUAUUUUAUUUAUACUCUUGUUUGUACUUAUAAAGAUUAAAAUUUUAGCAUUUAUUACAAACAACAGUCCAACUGUAAAUUAAUAUGAAGAAAUCUUGGAGGCCUAAAAUGUAACAUUACCAAACAUAGCUUUUGGAUACUUUUUUGGAGAUCCGUAAAUAUAAAAAUUUGAAAUAUAUUUUAGGUUUACAAAAACCAUAAAUGAUCCUUCAAUCUUCUAUUUUGAAAUGUUUUAAGUUACCAAAUUCUAAGAUGUCUCAAAAAAAGAUGUAAAAACAUAAAUCCCGUUAAAAUCUUGCAAUCCAGAUUGGGUUCCAGCUUCUAAUUUUACAAUCCUAUGUCCAAAGUAUAAUUACUUAUUUACAUGUUAGUGAGUCCGCAAAUAUGUCAGGAGCUCUUUAUUAAACUCCAGAGUUUACAUAUCCCAGAAUUUAAGUGACUUAUUGCAGUUAAGGAGGCAAUUAAACUUGUAUCACUUAGCAAGAGAUUGCAUAGAUUGCAGCUGGGUAUAGAUUCUCAAUCUAAUUUACGAAGUGGAAGAAUAUUAUUAUACAUUCAGGACAAUUCACCCAACUUUGAUCUUACUACUGGAUAAUCUGUGGAGAGUGUACCCUAUUCUACUUAUUAAUACUUUCUAAUGCCUGGGUUAUAUCCCAGAACUGAAAUUUUCUUCUAACUUGAGAAAUAUACAAUAAAGCCAGAUUUCUUAAGAAGAUGGUAAGAUGAUGUUAGAAUCUUCUUAAGUACAGAAAAAAUUAAUAGUUGGAUUACUAAUGUAAGUGUAUAUAAUACUUACAACGCAUAUCAAAUUGGAUUUCGGACAGAAUUAGUAUCAAAAAUUAUAUUAAUUUUAGACAUAAUAAAUCUCUGUUUUAACCUAUUAAACAUCCUUUGAUAUGAUUUCAAUAGUUGGAGCAUUUUGGGGAGUUUUGUAUUUAAUUAUUUGAUAUAUUAGAUUCUCUACAUUUGCUGCCUAUUUUUUGGUGUAUAAUUAAAAUACUUUUUAUAGAGAGAAUAAAUAAUGGGAGGAUUUCGGUAAAAAGAUUGGUGUUAGAAAAGCAGCUGAUGUUUUUAAUUUAACCGAAGAAGCUCCACAUUCAAAGGUAAAUGAUUCUAUUGUAUUUGAAAUGACUGAAAUUCAUCAUGAGAAUAACCAUUCUUAAAAUGAAUAGAAUGGAGUUUGA